UGCAGAAGAAUGUCUCCUGUAUUUUAUUUACUGCUGAUGCUCGGAGUUGGGCGAUGCAACAACAACAAUCACAUCUUUGAAACAAAGACAGUUGGUGUUGGAGAAAAUGUCGCUCUUACAUGUGAUCGUCAGCAUUCUUGGCGCUCAUCAUACAUGUUUUGGAUCAGGCUUGUCUCUGGAAAAGUUCCUGAAAUUUUAGGAUCAACAAUUUCUCUGGAUCUGGAUUUUAAUGAUGAUGUUCAGCAUCACUUUACAGCUAAACAAGAACCCGGAGCAUUUGUUUUGUAUAUUACCAAAACACAGUUAACUGACACAGCCGUCUACUACUGCAUAAAAGUACUAAAACACAGCAUGGAGUUUUUGAAUGGGACGUUUCUGAGAAUAAAAGGACCACAACCAGACAUCACUGCCAUCUAUCAGGACCCUCUACCUGAUCCAGUUCACCCAGGAGAGGCAGUUACUCUGCACUGUUCAGUCCUCUCUUCAUCUGAAAGAACAUCUUGUCUUGAAGAACACCAUGUGUACUGGUUCAACACUGGACCAGAUGAAUCUCCUCCAGAUCUAAUCUACGCUCAGAAAAACAGGGGUGAUGAAUGUGAACAGAGUCCUGAAGCAGGUUCACUGCAGAAAUGUUUCUACAGCUUCUCCAAGAACGUCAGCUCGUCUGACGCAGGGACUUACCUCUGUGCUGUGGCUGCAUGUGGAGAAAUAAUGAUUGGAAAUGGAACAAAAGUGGAAAUUGAAGCUGUCCAGACAUGUGAUGUUCAGACUGUGGAUGUGACUGUGUUCAUUAUAUUAUGUGGUGCUUUGGUUCUGAGUCUGAUUAUCAUCGCCUUCCUUCUUUAUUACAUCAAGAAAAAGAAAUGUGACACAACAACUGCUGCCGUUAAACCGGAAACAAACACGGUAUCAGCCACUGGUUUUAUUCAGCAGUCAUAUGAGGAUUCACUGGUUUACCAUACACCAAAGUUUUCCGGCAGGAGAGCUGGUAAAGCAGGGAGAGUUCGUCCGAACCCACCAGAGAAGGAGACCGUCUACAGCAACAUCAGGAUUCAUUAACAGCCCUCCAUUCAUUCAUUCAUUCAUUCAUUCAUUAAUGCAUAUGGACAUUUUGUCUUGAAAAAUACACUUUUGCAUCUGUACUAUUGCAUUUCACCACAUUUGACAUUGGCGUUGUUUUCAUCUUAAAUGUAUUGUUUCUGUCUGAUGCAUUUAGUAUAGUUUUAAUUGUGUACAUUCUCAUCAGUGCUGGAUAUAUGCAAGCUUUAUUUUUAUAGAUGUUUCAGUCUGA